AUGAAUAUCAUAGAGUACUUUAGUGGAAUUGGUGGGAUGUAUUACUCUGCAAAGCUAUCUGGUGUACCUUUCACCGUGAAACAAUCGUUUGAUAUUAACACGACAGCGAAUACAUGCUACAACUAUAGUAUUCAUUCAUUGAGUAACACUGAUAAUAACAAUAACACUACUAAUAGUAAAAGUAAGAAAAAGAAUGUUGUUGUAAAUAAUAAAAGCAUUGAUGCAUUGACAGUCAAGGAUCUAGAGUCUUACAAAGCAAACACAUGGUUGAUGUCUCCCCCGUGUCAGCCAUUCUGCCGUGUAGGUCUAGAAAAGGGCUUGGAAGACAAUAGAACCAAUAGCUUUGUCAAUUUACUUACACUACUUGGAAAACUGGAAUCACCUCCAACCUAUAUUUUAAUAGAAAAUGUCUUUGGUUUUGAAAAAUCAGAUGCAAGAGAACUGUUAAUAGAAACAUUUAUGAGAUUAAAAUAUCAAUAUCAAGAAUUUCAUCUUUCUCCAACUCAAUUUGGUUUACCAAAUCAAAGAUUAAGAUAUUUUUGUAUUGCAAAAUUGAGUGAUAAACCAACUAUUAGAAAAAUCAAUAUAUUAAAAGAAAUACCAACAUUUAAAACAAUAGAGCCAUCGGCUAUUUCACAAUACCUAGAUACCACCAAUCCAGAAGAAACCUAUGAAAAAUUUAAAAUACCUCAAGAGACAUUGCUAUCGAAGAGAGGAAUGUUGUUUGAUAUCAAAACAAUGGGUGAAAAGACUACCAAUUGUUUUACUAGAUCCUAUUCAAAAUUUGUUGAAGGAACUGGUAGCGUUUUACAAUUAAACGAAUCAUUAAAACCCGAUGCAUCAGAUCCAAAUUCCCUUUUACCUUUACGAUUACGUUAUUUUACUCCAAAAGAAAUUACAAGAUUACAUGGAUUCCCAGAAGAAUUUAAAUUCCAUCCAUCUCUUACUUCUCAACAAUGUUUUAGAUUAAUUGGAAAUAGUUUAAAUGUAAAGAUUGUUUCGGAAUUGAUAAAGUAUCUUUACAAUCAUUUUGAAAAUCAAGAAGAAGAACAAGAAGAAGAAAAAAAAGAUAACAGUGAUAUUUCAACAACUUCAACAACUUCGACAACAACGACACAAUAG